AUGAACACCCAGGCCCUGCGAUCGGCGGGCAGCCGCCUAAAGCCAGACGUAGUCGCCGUCAAAACCUGCGUCCGGUCCUUCACCACCACACAAUCGCGCGCCGCCGACCCCCCAUCCUCAUCAUCCAACGACAACGGUGGUGCUGCUCCCCCGAGACGACCCUCCGGCCGCGAACGAUCCCGCGCCGCGGCCAACGAGAUCAACGAGCUCCUCCGAAGCGGUUCGACCUUCAAGCCCUCCGGCCUCGACGAGAAACCCAAAGUCAUCGACCUCAAGACCCUCCCCUCCCGCCCGGCCGGCUCGAACUUCGUUAAGCUCCCCUCCAGCUUCAGAGGCCGCGGCCGCGGCGGCGCUGGCCUCGGCGGCAGUGGUCCAGGCUCAGGGCCUCAGCGCGGAGGAGGAGGAUUCGGCGGACGGCCCUCGACCUUUGCCGGUGCCGGAAGAGGCGGCUUCGCCGGCCGCGGACGUGGAGGUCCCCGCGGCGGCGGCGGUAGAGGCAGGGGUGGCAGGGGUGGCAGGGGUGGCAGAGGAGGCGGCAGGAAAGGAGGCAGGGACGGCGAGGACUCGUUUAAGGACAAGAGCGACCGCGCCGAGGAGUGGGAGCGCUUCUUCCGCGCCGAGACCAAGGAGGAACACGCCUACUACCGCGCCCGCGACCACGGCGUGCCCACGCAGUUCAACCCCUCCGUCACGGCCGAGUCCCUCCUCGGCUUCGCCCCCGCGCUGGCUCUCGGCUCGUCCGCGCCCGCCAUGCAGUCCGUCGUGCUCGGCCAGCUGCGCGAGGCCGCCGGCAACGCCAUCUACGACCCCACUCGCAGGGCGCUCACGGAGGAGAUCGCGACGCAGCUCGCGGACCGCGGCACGGGUAUGCGGUUCUUCAGCGACCUCGGGGAGAAGGAGGCGUUCUUGAAGGAGGUGAAGGAGACGCCGGAGGAGCAGGCCUCCGUGAACGUCAAGGCCGUCAAGGCGUCGAAGCUGGAGGCCGGCGCGGAGAAGGCUGUGAGGGAGUACAUCCUCGACAAGGCCAUCAAGGGGAAGCACGCGCCGCCCGUGUUCGUGGACGUGACGGACAGGGAUCCGAUGAAGGCUGCUGCUUCGGCGCACGCGCAUAACGAGUCGUAUGGGGCUAUCGAGGCGAGGAAGUUUGAUGCUAAGCUUGCUUCGCUUGUUGCUAGGAAGCCGGCUGCUGCUGCUGUUGCUCCCGCCAAGCGCGCGAAGGCCUGA